UUUUGUUUUCUGGUAUUACUACUACUGAAAGAGAGAGGUUUCGUUUAAUCUCUUAUCUGGGUCUCAGAGAUCUGAAAGAAAAAACUUUCAACCUUUCAAACCCAAAACAAAUUUCUGCAAUUCUUUUCCUCAUCUUCCUUUUCUGAAGCUAGUAGGGUUUUCGAGUUUCCGACUUUUAUUCACCAUAUUUCUGAGAUGCAGUAAAGAGCCUGAAAAUUUGAGGCGCAUAUAUAUACAUACAUAAAUAUUAUAUAUAGUGAUACUGGGUCAACAUGGAGUUUGUGCAAGAGGAUCAAAAAGAAGAUCAGUACUCCGAUAACAAUAGAGAUGAAGAAGCUCACGAGGAUCAAGAGGAAGAAGAAGAAGAUGAUGAGGUAAGAAAUAUCAGUACUACCAUUCAACCUCCUUUGUCGUUUUGCGCUUCAUCUUCUGGGUAUAUCCACAACAACAAUCUUCAGCUGAUGGACUACUUGUCGCUGAAAAGUAGUAGUAGUACUACUACAGCCAGUCAAAGCGAAGAGGGAAUUACAGAGAAUAUUAAUAAUAAUAAUAAUAACGAUGGGGUUUGGUUGUGCGGCGGCGGCGGCGUCGGAAGCGGAGGAGGCGGAGGGGAGAGAGAGCACAUGUUCGACAAGGUGGUGACGCCGAGCGACGUCGGGAAGCUGAACCGGCUGGUGAUUCCGAAGCAGCACGCCGAGAAGUACUUCCCGCUCGACUCGGCGGCGAACGAGAAGGGGCUGCUGCUGAACUUUGAGGACCGGAACGGCAAGCCGUGGCGGUUCCGGUACUCCUACUGGAACAGCAGCCAGAGCUACGUCAUGACCAAGGGAUGGAGCCGCUUCGUCAAGGAGAAGAAGCUCGACGCCGGCGACAUUGUCUCGUUCGAGCGCGGCGUCGGCGACUCCGGUAAGGGCCGCUUGUACAUUGACUGGAGGCGACGCCCUCAUCAUCAUCACCACCAUUUCCCAAUUGAUCAUCAUCAUCAACAACAAUAUCAUUCGCCUUAUGCACAGUCGGUUAGAUGGGGCGGCCGUGGCGGUAGUGGCGGAGGAGGAGGACUAAUCUACUCGCUGCCCUCGUCGGUUUCCGUGCCGAUGCCUCCUCCCCGACAGCACGAGAAUUUUCAGUACAAUUACGACAUUCAGACGUAUCCUUAUCAUCAUCAUCAUCCAUAUCAUCAUCCUCCUCCUCCUCCUCCACGUCAUCAUCAUCAGUAUGAUCAUCAUCAUCAUCACCAGCACCAGCACCAACAACAUCAAAUUAGCGGCAUUCAUAAUCAUCACAACAUGAACAAUUAUCAUGUUGGAAUGUCAGGAAAUGUAGUCUCGCCGAUGGUGAUUGAAUCUAUGCCUGCAGCAGCAGCAAUGGCCGGCCGCCACGGACACCACCACGGGAAAAACGCCCCGCCGGUGGCGCCGUCGAAACGCCUCAGGCUGUUCGGUGUGAACAUGGAGUAUUGUCCCAAAGAAGAUCAUCAAGAGUCGGAUGUUACAAUGGCUUCGCUACUCAGUACCACAACUAGUACUGCUCAUGAUCAUGAUCAUCAUCAUCUAAUUCCUUCCUCUUCGGCUCCAUUUCCUCACCAAGUAAGGUUACCAAAUAACCCCUCUCCAUUGCCGAUAACGAAUCUUAAUCCAGCGGAGUUUUCUGUACACAAGGGUAAAUCUGCUUCCUUGUCUUUUGAUUUGGACCCUUAAUUUAGUUGAGUGCUAUACCACAGGAUCAAAUUAAUGAUACAUCACAAAAUGAACCGUGGAUAGACUACAUAAAGGUUUUUUUCCGACCUGGAUUUCAUUUUGUGUUGUAUCAUAAUUUGCCAAUCAAUUGCAAUGGUUGAAGAUAUAAAAAGUCUUCAGCCUUAUUCAGGUUUGGGGGUUAAUUUGUAAGGAAUUCUACAUGUGAUGUGAAGAUGGAGGUGCAAAAACGUUAAUUAAGCUCAAAGUCGAAUUAGAUCAUCACAUCUUCAGUUUGUGUAUAAUACGAUAUUAAAAAAAAUGAA